UCCCUUUUAAGCUAUACAUUGAUGGAGAACAACCCUAAUUCUUCAAGAACUGAUAGGAAAACCAUAGAGAGGAAUAGAAGAAAUCAAAUGAAGGCUCUCUACUCCAAGCUCAAUUCUCUUGUGCCCCGUCAAAGCUCCAGGGAAUCACUGUCGCUGACUGAUCAGCUAGAUGAGGCUGCAAAGUAUAUAAAAAAGCUGCAGACAAAUCUGGAGAAAAUGAAGGAAAGGAAAGAAAGUUUAAUGGGAACUCAAGAAAGGCCAAAUACAAGCGUGAGUAGUGGAGCAACAAUGCGCCUAAGAUAUCCACAAAUUGAGAUUCAUGAAAUUGGUUCAGCUUUAGAGGUUGUUUUGAUAACUGGAUUGGAUAGCCAGUUCAUGUUCAAUGAGACUAUUCGAGUUCUUCAUGAAGAAGGAGCUGAGAUAGUUAAUGCGAGCUUUUCUGUUCUAGACGAUACUGUUUUCCACACAAUACACUCCAAGGUAGUAGAUGAUAUGAUGUUCUUCAUUCUUCAUCAAUCACCUAUGCUUGAAAGGCAGUGAUCAGGUGAUU